ACCUUUCUCUCUUUGCUCGUCAUGGCUCUCAAGCGUAUUAACAAGGAACUCGCUGACCUCGGCCGGGAUCCACCCUCGUCCUGCUCCGCUGGUCCCGUUGGAGAUGAUCUGUUCCACUGGCAAGCAACCAUCAUGGGUCCUGGUGACUCCCCAUACUCUGGCGGUGUCUUCUUCCUUGCCAUCCACUUCCCUACCGACUACCCCUUCAAGCCCCCCAAGGUCAACUUCACCACCCGCAUCUACCACCCCAACAUCAACUCGAACGGCAGCAUCUGCCUGGACAUCCUGAGAGACCAAUGGAGCCCUGCUCUCACCAUUUCUAAAGUGUUGCUCUCCAUUUGCUCCAUGCUCACAGACCCCAACCCGGACGAUCCUCUGGUGCCCGAAAUCGCGCACGUCUACAAGACCGACCGACCCCGUUACGAGGCGACGGCUCGCGAGUGGACGCGGAAGUACGCUAUUUGAGUGAAACGACAAAUCUGAUUACUCCUUCGCUU